UUAAUCCGCAUCCAACGAGGUUAUCCGAAAGGAAACAAAUCAAAAGCCGCUUGAUGGGUUUAUAAGCGCAACCCAAGGGGUGUUUCGUAUACACAGGAGACUGAAAUUCAUCUGGAUCAUUUAGGAAUUCGGAGACGACAGGGAAACACAUAUCUUUUUGCGCCCUUCCUUUUACUACUUUUUUUUUUUUUUUUUGGAUCGGGGAUAUCUGCAUCGGGCGCAAGCAUGAUGUCCUAUUUGAAGCAACCGCCGUACACGGUGAACGGACUGAGCUUAUCUACCUCAGGAGUGGACUUACUGCAUCCUUCAGUGGGAUACCAAGCAACCCCCCGCAAACAGAGGAGGGAGAGGACCACCUUCACCCGGGCCCAGCUCGAUGUGCUGGAGAACCUGUUCGCUAAGACCCGCUACCCGGAUAUCUUCAUGAGGGAAGAGGUGGCCUUAAAGAUCAAUCUUCCUGAAUCAAGAGUGCAAGUUUGGUUCAAAAACAGGCGAGCCAAACACCGCCAGCAGGCCCAGCAGACGCAGACGGGCGCGCAGAGCAAGUCUGUCAGCAGGCCGGUGAAAAAGAAAGGCUCUCCGGUCAGAGAGGCCAGCUCCGAGAGCGGAGCCAGCGGCCAGUUCACGCCGCCCUCCAGCACCCCCAUCCCGGCCGCGAGCAGCAGCAGCAACAGCGCGGCGCCCGCCUCCAUCUGGAGCCCGGCCUCCAUCUCCCCGCUCUCCGAUCCGCUCUCCACAACAACCUCCUCCUCCUCCUCUUCCUCCUGCAUGCAGCGCACAUACCCGAUGACCUACACCCAGGCCACGGGCUACAACCAGGGCUACACGGGCUCCUCCUCCUACUUCACCGGGAUGGACUGCGGCUCCUACCUGUCGCCGAUGCACCACCAGCUGUCCGCCGCGGGCUCCGCCAUGAGCCCCAUGGGCGGCGGCGGCGGGGUGUCCAGCCACCUGAGUCCGGCGUCUUCGCUGUCGUCGCCGGCGUACGGGGCGGCGGGGCUCGGCUUCACCGGCUCCGCGGACUGUCUGGACUAUAAGGACCAAGCUGCGUCGUCGUGGAAGCUCAAUUUCAACUCGGACUGUUUGGAUUACAAAGACCAAGCAGCGUGGAAAUUUCAAGUGUUGUGAGGGAAGACGAGCGGGAAGAAGUGGAGAACUUUCAUGAAGCCAUGCAGAGCCGGCCUAAGAUUGAAUGGGGCCCUGAGUGGGAUUUGAUUUGGGGCGAGAAGGGGGGCAACCACAGUACCACUCAUAAGCUUCUUGGACAUUUUUACCUUCCUGCUACACAGUUUGCUAGUAUUUGAACAGAUUAAACAUUGCACAUAAUUAUGAUAUAGUAUAUCCUGAUAUUUAUGUCAUUAAAGGAAUAAAAACCGGAAAGUAAAUUGUGGCAACGAUGUUUUAACUCUGCAAACGUUACAGAGGUUCCUUCUUGAUUAGCUGAGGUUUCUGGAUCUAUAUUCUGUGUGAACAACCAGGUACUCUUGGGGUGGCCCCUGUUACCUUGGGGGUCUUGAGCAGGAGGCCAGCAGCUUAGCCUCGCUCUUGCCCUGAAUCUGCUCUGCAUUCAUGCAAAAUAAAGCGUGGCGUCCCCCCCUCAAGAAUUCAGGCCCUAACUUCUAACGAGGAGUGUCUCACACUUGUUGGACUAACUUAUUGACCAUUGAGACUCAACUUUGAUCAAGGGCACGGAACAAAUCUGCUGACCAGAAGAGAAGAGUGAGGGGGGGGCUCAAGUGAGACUAACUUGGAGAGGUUUGAAGGAUUGGUCAGGUUUUUUCCUCUAAGCUCCUUAAAGACUCUCCCUUUUCUUUUUAAUUUUGUUGGCUCGCUGAAUGGGACCCCUUUGAUCAAAGCGAUGUGCAUGAGUGUCUGUAUUGUAAAGGGCGUGUGUGUGUGAGUGUGUGUGUGUGUGUGUGUGUGUGUGUGUGAGAGAGAGAGA